GCAAACACACUGUAUAAAAGACAGCCCCUCAUUAAAAAAUACAAUAUAUUUUAUCCUCUCACCAAACUGGAUGAGUCUGACUGUCACUAUGAAAUAUUUGGCUCUGGCUUUUCUGCUUUGUGCUUUGGCACCACUGUCCAAUGGAGCCUGCCACCACAAGGUCAUGAAACCUGACAUGACCCAUUGUCAGGACGAUGUGGAUGAGACGUGGCAUGCUGUUGGAUCUUCAUGGAGAAACAGUCGAUGCAUGGACUGUACUUGCAGUGGGUGUUGCACUGGGUUCUCAAUCCCCGUGGGAUUCCCUGACUACUGCGUGAAAGUUUUUGACCCAGAGGCUUGUGAAUACAUAGUUCACAAGAAGGACGACCCAUCCGUACUAUGUCCUGUUCGUGGUGGAAAAGGAAAGUGAUAAAGUCCUUGUUCUGAGUGGU